UGUGGCAGGCGGACGAAACUGAAGAUCGCUCCACAUCCUCUCUCCCUCUCUCUCUCUAACCAAAAAACAUGGCGAGAAGCAGAGACCGUCCUCGUCUUCCGUCUCUCUUCCCGCUGAUCCUGUGCCUGUUGUCGUGCCCGUCGGACGGAGGAGGCAGGGGGACGCCCGGCGUUGUCGGGCAUGGAUACACAGUCGAGUCCGUGGCCAUCGAUCCGCCGGGAACGACGCUGACCGUCGAGCUCCGCCUCAUCAACAGGACCUCAGUCUACGGGCCUGACGUUGAGAAUCUCCGUCUCGUUGCCAGCUUCCAAGCGAGCGGACGUCUUCAAGUCGGAAUCACAGACGCCGACAACCACCGAUGGGAAGUCCCCGACGACCUCAUCCCUCGCCGAUCUCCCUCCCCUCCCCACCACUCUCUCCCCACUCCGCCACCGUCGCUCUGCUUCUCCCAAUGCAGCCUCUCCGCCGCCUCCUCCGACCUCGUCUUUGUCCUCCGCAACACCACCCCCUUCUCAUUCUCCAUCUUCCGCCGCUCCUCCGGCGAUGUCCUCUUUGACACCUCUCCCUCCGACCCCUCCACCUUCCUCGUCUUCAAGGACCAGUACCUCCAGCUCUCCUCCUCCCUCCCUCCCGGCCGCUCCUCCCUCUACGGUAUCGGAGAGCACACGAAGCCGUCGCUCCGGCUCCAGCCCAACCAAACUCUUACUCUCUGGAACGCCGACAUCCUCAGCUUGACCCCUGAUGUCAACCUGUAAGGGUCGCAUCCGUUUUACAUGGACGUCAGGUCGUCCGUGGGUGGCAGUGGCGGAAGCAGAGGAGUUGGGGCGGGCACGAGCCACGGCGUUCUGUUGCUGAACAGCAAUGGCAUGGACGUCGUGUACACUGGCGAUAGGAUCACUUACAAGGUGAUCGAUGGUGUGUUGGAUUUGUAUUUCUUCCCCGGGCCAUCACUAGAGGCGGUCAUAGAGCAGUACACCGAGCUUAUUGGCCGGCCGGCCCCAAUGCCACACUGGUCCUUCGGAUUUCAUCAAUGCCGGUGGGGUUACAAGAAUAUCGCAGACUUAGAGGGCGUGGUAGCUGGUUAUGCAAAAGCUCAUAUUCCACUGGAAGUUAUGUGGACUGACAUCGAUUACAUGGAUGCAUACAAGGACUUCACUCUUGACCCCAUCAAUUUUCCAGUGGAAAAGAUGAAAGAAUUUGUCAGCAGCCUUCACAAGAUCGGUCAAAAAUAUGUCAUCAUACUCGAUCCAGGCAUUAGCGUGAACGAGACAUAUGGGACCUACAUCAGGGGGAUGCAAGCCGACAUCUUCAUCAAACGUGAGGGAGUGCCAUAUUUAGGUGUUGUUUGGCCGGGGCCAGUGUACUUCCCUGACUUCCUUCACCCAUCUAGUGAGAUUUACUGGGGUGGUGAGAUAAAGAAGUUUCAUGAUGUCCUUCCUUUUGAUGGCCUAUGGAUUGACAUGAAUGAGUUGUCCAACUUCAUAACUUCUCCGCUUCUUCCUUCCACUCUUGACAAUCCUCCCUACAAAAUCGACAAUUCAGGAGUUCAUCGACCAAUCAACAACAAUACUACUCCUGCGACAUCAUAUCAUUUUGGCAAUAUUUCAGAUUACAAUGCUCAUAACCUCUAUGGACUCCUGGAGGCCAGAGCAACAAACAAAGCCUUAGUCAAUGUUACUGGUAAAAGGCCAUUCAUUCUCUCGAGAUCAACUUUUGUGAGCUCGGGUAGGCACACUGCACACUGCACUGGGGACAAUGCCGCCACAUGGGAUGACUUGGCUUACUCAAUUCCUGCAAUUUUAAAUUCUGGACUCUUUGGAAUUCCAAUGGUAGGAGCUGAUAUAUGUGGUUUCAUAUUAAACACGACCGAAGAGCUCUGCAACCGAUGGAUUCAGCUUGGGGCCUUUUAUCCCUUUGCAAGAGACCACUCUGACAAGAUUACUAUUCGUCAAGAGCUCUAUCUCUGGGAAUCGGUCGCCACAUCCGCCCGGAAGGUGCUUGGUCUUCGUUAUCGCUUGCUCCCAUACUUGUAUACCUUGAUGUAUGAGGCAAAUAGGAAGGGAAUGCCCAUUGUCCGACCCCUAUUUUUCUCAUUCCUUGAGGAUACGAUGACUUACGAUAUCAACUCCCAGUUCUUAAUUGGUAAGGGUCUGAUGGUGACUCCUGUACUUAAAUCAGGCGCCCAAACUGUGGAUGCUUAUUUUCCAAGUGGAAAUUGGUUUGAUCUCUUCAAUUACUCAAAUUCAGUGAGUACAGCUUCAGGAAUGAAUGUGAUGCUCGAUGCACCGCCUGAUCAUCCUCAUCUUCAUGUAAGGGAAGGUAAUAUAUUGGCCCUACAAGGAGAGGCCAUGACUACAAAAGCUGCUCGGAGAACGCCAUUUGAGCUCUUAGUUUUGGUUGAUGGGAAUGGUAAUAGCGCAGGACAAUUGUUCUUGGACGACGGAGAGGAAGUUGAAAUGGGAGGGGAAGGAAAUAAGUGGACUUUGGUGAAGUUUGAUUGUGAGAAAACAGGAAAUGAUGUUGUUGUUAAAUCAGAAGUUAUUAAUGGGGAAUUUGCUCUGAUUGAGAAGUGGGUAAUUGAUAAGGUGACAAUUCUAGGAUUGAGAGAAGGAACUAGAAUGACGAGACUGACGGGGCAUGAGUUAUCCAAUGAUGUAGAAGCGACGUCCAAACAGAAAACAAAGAAAACAGUGGGAAAAUCGAGUAAUGGUCAAGAGUUUGUGAUUGUUGAAGUCUCAGGAUUGUCACUUCCGUUGGGAAAGACAUUCAAGUUGGAAGUGAAAUUGCGCCAGUCAGGUGUAGUAGAGGAAAGCAGCAUGCCUCCAAUAAGUUUGUGUGUUUCUAAGAGGAAAAAGCACACCAGUAUCAAGCCACUUCAUUUCCAUCAUUGGCUCUUUGUUUUCCCUAUAUUGUGCUGCUUCUAAAUUGGUUAAGAUCCAUAGAAGAAAAUUUCUUCUUAUAAUUUGUUAAGAGAGAAAAUGACACGAAUGAUCCUUAAAUUUAUGUUUGAUGUGCAAUGUCA